AGACACAAAAGCACAUACUCCGGUAUCAACACUCUGAGAAUCAACGUUGACAAUAAGAUAAAAAUAAGCAUCUUGUAUCAUUGCUCUAUCAUUUUCUUAUGCACAUGAUGAAUAUGAGUGAUCUCAAACAAGUUAAUUGUGAUAAAAUGUUAAAAAAUGUGGGGAUAUUCUCAUUUCCAGUCACGAGUUGUUUGUGAUAAUUUCUCCAGCAAUUAAAUCGGAAUGCUCCUCUGCUGCUGUUGGUAUGGAUGCCGACCGGUGACAGGGUAGUGGGCUUUCUUUAAUAACAAUAAUGACAAUACGAGUAAUAAUAAUAAUAACGUAAAGAGCAAAGCCACAUCCCCCACCACCACCGCCACGGCGCCGCCGCCUAUAGUCCCAUCCGUCAGCUGCACGUUCCGUGUUUGUUCUUUUACCACUCCCACUCCAGCUCACAGCCCCCACCUUUGAAAAGCAAUAGCCUCUCUUGGCUUCCACAGUUCCACAUCCUUCAUUUCCUGCCUUAUUCCAGAAACCCAAAGUUCCAAUCUUGGCCCAAAUCCCCUCUAGUCUUUCAUGUUUUGAGAUCGAAUCCCCAGAAAGAGCAUCCUCUGCUCGAGUAUAACCCACUUUCAGCUGGCUUUGUUAGCAUCAGCUCAGAUCUUCUGUGAAGGCUUUGAAAAAUUGAGCAAAGAUAUAGCAGAACCGUGUAUUCUACUUUGACUUUCCCUGAGAUCAGAACAUUGUUUGGUUUCAAAUAGAUGAGCGCUUUCUGUUUCUGAGCAAAAAUGGGCUGUUCUGUCUCAACCAAUAGUAAUGGAGAGAAAGAUUCUUCUGAAUGCUUAUGCAUGAACGUGUUUGGGAGAAAGAGAACAUUCCAGAAAAAUAUCAGGGAAUUGCAGCAGUUGUCUUCCAUACCCAACCGAAUUUUCACAAAUGGAAGGAGCCGUACUUCUUGUAUAUUCACUCAACAAGGCCGCAAGGGUAUAAAUCAGGAUGCCAUGAUUGUGUGGGAAGAUUUCAUGGCUGAAGAUGUAAUUUUUUGCGGUGUCUUUGACGGGCAUGGUCCAUACGGUCAUAUGGUUGCUCGCAAAGUGAGGGAUCAAUUGCCUUUGAAGUUAUUGUCAUUCUUGCGGGCCAUCGAAUCUAAACGCAACGGGUCUUCUUCUUCUUCUAAUUGCUGCAAUGGGGACCCAAAGUUGGAGGUCGUUGACCCUGAGAAGGUCGGCCUUGUUGAGGAUAAAGCGGAUGGCUCUUCUUGGAGAGAGGCUUUCUUGAAAUCAUACAAGGCUAUGGACAAAGAUUUGAGGUCUCAUCCUAACUUAGAUUGCUUUUGCAGUGGUAGUACUGCUGUUACUAUUGUAAAACAGGGAUCAAAUCUUUUCAUGGGGAGUAUUGGCGAUUCUCGGGCAAUCUUGGCAUCAAGAGACAACAAUGAUAUGAUGGUGGCCACUCAAUUGACAGUUGAUUUGAAGCCUGAUUUACCUAAGGAAGCAGAGAGGAUAAAACGGUGCAAGGGACGGGUUUUUGCAUUACAAGACGAACCAGAAGUGCAGAGAGUUUGGCUGCCAUUUGAUAACGCCCCAGGGUUGGCUAUGGCUAGAGCAUUUGGGGAUUUCUGUUUGAAGGAUUAUGGAGUAAUCUCUAUCCCAGAAGUCUCUCACCGUGUUCUUACUGAUAGGGACAAGUUCAUUGUUCUUGCAUCUGAUGGUGUAUGGGAUGUGCUAAGCAACGAAGAAGUAGUUGAAAUAGUGACAUCAGCACCUUCAAGGUCAUGUGCAGCAAGAAGCAUAGUAGGAUGUGCAGCACGCGAAUGGAAGACGAAGUAUCCGACAUCAAAGAUGGAUGAUUGUGCGGUGGUUUGCUUGUUCCUGGACGGGAAGAUGGAUCCCGAAUCCGACCACGAAGAACAACAUGCCGGCUUCGGUUUCUCUUCUGCCGCCACUAACCAUUCUGGAUAUGUUGCCGAAUCAGAUGAUGGACAACAACAGAGCAUUGAACCCUCACUGCAAAGGAACUUCACUGUUAGAUCAGCAGAAGAGAGCAACAGUGCUUACAAAACAACAGUGGCUGCGUAUGACGAAGAUGAGGGGGAUUGGUCAGGACUGGAAGGUGUCACACGAGUCAACUCGUUGGUUCAACUUCCUAGAUUUUCUGGAGAGAGGGAAAGGACAUCGAGUUGAGUUUCUCUCGCUGUCAUCAUUGAUUCAUCGGCAUAUUCUCGAAAGGUUUUCGUGUAAGAAACUGCUGCGGGCAUUCAGCUUUCUCGCUUUCUGUAUGUGGUUAUUGGUAUUGAGUUUGCUGCCAUUUUUCUUACAGUUUUUUUUAACAAUUGUACAAUCCAUUUUAAUGAAGAUGCUGCCGUACUAUUAGUAUGUGUAUAUGCUGUAAUCGUGUUUUUGGGUAGACAAUAGGACUGCUAGUUCGUGUCAGUGGGUGAUUGAAUAAUGUAUCAGGAGAAUGGAAAUUUUAAAUCUUUGGCAAUAGGUCCAAAUAGAUUACUCAUGGCUCGUUUGGUAUCCUCUAUUUUGCCUCAUCAAUUUUAUCAUUAUCAUCCAACUUAUUACAGAUGUGUAUUCUAUUUUAUACGUUAAAUUGUUUAAUAAUAAAGACAAAUAAAGUUG